CGGCACACUGGGAGGCAAAAGGGAGGCGUUUGUCACCAUCACCCUCGCCUUUGCUCUCUCUGCUGACGGUGGCCCGGGAGCUGGGCUCUUCCCGGUGCCACACACCGGGAUCCGCCUGGCAGCCUCCGGGAGCCGCAGCCAAUGUGUUAGGACUUCAGGUGCUUCCUGGCACCGAGCUAGACUGCGACCUCCUAGGCUCGGCGUCACCUGCUCUCCCGGCCCUGCCCCGGGGCCGAGGGAGGGAUUGCGUCCCGAACCGGGCUCGGGAAUCGGCUGCCUCUCAAGUGACCCUCUAGCCUUGCUUUGAAAAAGCCAUUUUUGUGUAACUCUUGCCUGUGAAUGAAUUGCUAACACACCCGUUGGGAUCACGACUGGAAAAGCAUGUCACUCCAGAGGUCUUUUGCUUGACCCAGUACCCGGCAUUAGAAAGAGACGUGUUUUUCUCUCUUGUUGUUCCCCCCAUCAUUAUGAGCAUUGGCUUUUCACCCUUGAAGUAAAAAUGUUGAAAGCCGAGUCUUCAGGUGAACGAAGCACUCUCAGAAGUGCUUCUCCUCACAGAAACGCAUACAGAACAGAGUUCCAGGCACUGAAGAGUACUUUUGACAAACCCAAGUCCGAUGGGGAGCAGAAGACAAGAGAGGGUGAGGGCUCCCAGCAGAGCAGGGGUAGGAAAUAUGGCUCCAAUGUCAACAGGAUUAAAAAUCUAUUUAUGCAGAUGGGUAUGGAACCCAACGAGAAUGCUGCUGUCGUUGCCAAAACCAGGGGCAAAGGUAGGCCUACAUCCCCUCAGAGAAGAAUGAAGCCCAAAGAGUUCGUGGAGAAAACAGAUGGCUCAGUGGUUAAGUUGGAGUCCUCUGUUUCCGAACGAAUUAGUAGAUUUGACACAAUGCAUGAUGGCCCUUCAUACGCUAAGUUCACAGAGACGCGGAAAAUGUUUGAGAGAAGUGUGCAUGAAUCAGGGCACAAUAAUCGCUACUCCCCAAAGAAAGAGAAAGCCGGAGGCACUGAAGCACUGGAUGAGUGGGGGGUUUCCAAGUCCAACCGAGGCAGCAGCGAUUCCUUGGACAGCCUGAGCCCCCGCACUGAAGCGGUGUCCCCGACAGUGAGCCAGCUGAGUGCGGUGUUCGAGAGCACCGAGUCUCCGAGUGCCGUGGCUUCUGAGAAGACUGAGAGCAGUGAGUACUCAGUGACUGGACAUUACCCUCUGACUCUGCCAUCUGUUACCAUUACCAAUCUUGAUACCUUCGGCCACCUCAAGGAUUCUAAUUCAAGUUCUUCUUCAAGCAAGCAAGGUGUGGAGACCGAGGAUCCUCAGAAAACCCCUGCAACUGCAGAAGUGGCUCGGAAAGCCGCCUCUCUAGCUUCACUGCCUAGUGAGGAGACAGAGCUGAGCAAGGGAGCCGACGACGUCACCUCUCCCCAGGAGACUCUGGACAGCACCGACACAGAUAUCCCCGAGGAACCCUCUGCUGAAAACCAGGCGAUGCCAAAGUCGGAUCACCUCCCAGCACAGAGCGAAGCCUCAGAAGAUGCUGAGGCUGAUGUGGUUGGGAGUGAGGCAGCACAGCCACAGAAGAGAGACCUGGCAGCAGGGGAUGUCACCUCGCCGGAUGCUUCUGCAUCCAGCUGUGGAAGAGAAGUGCUUGAAGACUCGAGUAAUUAUGAGAGUUCCCAUGUGUACAUGCAGAGCGACUAUAACGUGUAUAGGGUGAGAUCCAGGUACAACUCGGACUGGGGGGAGACGGGCACCGAGCAGGACGAGGAGGACGACAGCGAUGAGAACAAUGAUUACCAGCCCGACAUGGAGUACUCGGAGAUCGUCGGGUUGCCGGAAGAGGAAGAAAUCCCAGCAAAUAGGAAAAUUAAGUUUAGUUGUGCUCCGAUUAAGGUGUUCAACACAUACUCCAAUGAAGACUACGACAGAAGAAAUGAUGAAGUUGACCCUGUGGCUGCCUCUGCUGAGUAUGAGCUUGAGAAGCGAGUGGAAAAGCUGGAACUUUUCCCCGUGGAACUGGAGAAAGAUGAGGAUGGGCUUGGCAUAAGCAUCAUUGGAAUGGGUGUUGGUGCUGAUGCAGGACUAGAGAAGUUGGGGAUAUUUGUCAAGACAGUGACAGAUGGCGGUGCUGCUCAGCGGGAUGGCAGGAUCCAAGUCAAUGACCAGAUUGUGGAAGUCGAUGGAAUCAGCCUGGUGGGGGUCACACAGAAUUUUGCAGCAACUGUUCUGCGAAAUACCAAGGGCAACGUCAGGUUUGUGAUUGGGCGAGAAAAACCAGGACAAGUGAGUGAGGUUGCCCAGUUGAUAAGCCAGACCCUGGAGCAGGAGCGGCGCCAGAGGGAACUGCUAGAACGCCACUAUGCGCAGUAUGAUGCGGAUGAUGACGAGAGCACUGUGGCUGAAUUGCAAGGAAUGUCUGGCAACUGCAAUAACAAUAACAACCGUUUCCUUAAGACUGGAGAAUAUGCUACUGAUGAAGAGGAGGAGGAGGUCGGGCCCACUCUUCCUGGCGGUGACAUGGCCAUUGAAGUCUUUGAGCUCCCUGAGAAUGAGGACAUGUUCUCCCCAUCAGACCUGGACACGAACAAGCUCAGUCACAAGUUCAAAGAGUUGCAAAUCAAACAUGCAGUUACAGAAGCAGAGAUUCAAAAAUUGAAGACCAAGCUGCAAGCAGCAGAAAAUGAGAAAGUAAGGUGGGAACUAGAAAAGAACCAACUUCAACAGAAUAUUGAAGAGAAUAAGGAGAGAAUGCUGAAACUGGAAACCUACUGGAUCGAGGCCCAGACGCUGUGCCACACUGUGAAUGAGCAUCUCAAAGAGACUCAAAGCCAAUAUCAGGCCUUGGAAAAGAAGUACAACAAAGCAAAGAAGUUGAUCAAGGAUUUUCAACAAAAAGAGCUCGACUUCAUCAAGAGACAGGAAGUAGAAAGAAAGAAGCUGGAAGAGGUGGAAAAGGCUCACCUGGUGGAAGUGCAAGGCCUGCAAGUCCGGAUUCGAGAUCUGGAGGCUGAAGUGUUCAGGCUGCUGAAGCAGAGUGGGACUCAGGUGAACAACAACAACAACAUCUUUGAGAGGAGAACAUCUCCGGGUGAGGGCUCCAAAGCAGACACUAUGGAGAACAUGGAAGUCAGACAAAUGUCCUGUCAGGAUGGCUUGAGUCAAGACUUGAAUGAAGCUGUCCCAGAGACAGAGCGUCUGGAUUCAAAAGCACUGAAAACUCGGGCCCAGCUCUCUGUGAAGAACAGGCGCCAGAGGCCCACGAGGACACGGCUCUAUGACAGUGUCAGCUCUACGGAUGGAGAGGACAGCCUGGAACGGAAGGAUUGGAGAGUUUCUUCUCCAGAAUCAGAUUCUGGUGUCGCACUCCUCACCCCUGUGGCUAGUCAUGGGGCCUUCUCAUCGCACCACGUGACUGAGUCUCAAGAAGGAUUACAGCUUCCAGAAAGGGACACUUUGUCCUCUGUCUCGGGAGACACUUCACCCUCAUCGCCUUCAAAAUCUGAUCAUGAUACAGAAGAUGCUUCCUGCCACCACCAAGCAACCAAGAAAACCUUACAUGAAAAAGACGGUGCCAAUUGUCCUAAAUCACUAAGAACAUCCAGUUCAUUCAUGGUACAAGGAGGAAAAAUUAAGCAGAAGUUUGUGGAUCUGGGGGCACACUUGCGAUGGAACCCCAACAAGGGGAAGAAAUGGAAAGAAAAAGAAGCCAGUAGGUUUUCUGCAGGUAGCAGGGUCUUCAGAAGCAAGUUGGAGAACUGGAAAGCCAAGCCUCCUCCUGCGGCUCAGGCCACUCCUCGCUCUCCUUGCAUGCCUUUCUCAUGGUUUACUGAAAGUCGGAAAGGAUCCUAUUCCUUCAGAAACCUGCCUUCAGUUCCGAGUCCCCUUCCGCCUUCUCCUGAGACCCUAAUUUCAGAUAAAACAGGGUCCAAGAACUUCACCUUUAAUGAUGACUUCAGUCCAAGUAGUACCAGCUCGGCAGACCUGAGUGGCUUAGGAGCAGAACCCAAGACACCGGGGCUCUCCCAGUCCCUGGCACUGUCCUCAGAUGAGAGCCUGGAUAUGAUAGAUGAUGAGAUCCUUGAUGAUGGACAGUCUCCCAAACACAGUCUGAGUCUGAAUCGGGCCAUUCAUGAGUGGAGCGUGCAGCAGGUUUCUCACUGGUUAAUGAGCCUAAACCUGGACCAGUACGUGUCUGAAUUCAGUGCCCAGAACAUCACUGGGGAGCAGCUCCUGCAGCUGGAUGGCAAUAAACUGAAGGCUCUUGGGAUGACGUCAUCCCAGGACCGGGCACUGGUUAAAAAAAAACUGAAGGAAAUGAAGAUGUCUCUAGAGAAGGCUCGGAAGGCCCACGAGAAAAUGGAAAAACAGAGAGAAAAACUGAGGAGAAGGGAACAAGAACAAAUGCAGAGGAAGUCCAAAAAAUCAGAAAAGAUGACGUCCACGACAGAGCGCAACACUGAGCAGUAAUCCCGUGGGGAAGUCUGAGGGAAGUCCUGCCCCUUCCUGUCCCCCUUCUCCUGCAGAGGAUGAAGAAGAAACUGAUGGGCAUAAUGCCAUUGUAGGCAGUUUAAAGAACUGUGUGUUGGAUUCACUCCUAACUCUAACAUAAUAACCCCAAACCACCUUUGGUUUAUUAAUUUAUUGAUUAAUUACAAACCAGAAAUAUCAUUUUUCUCUUCUACUUACCAACAUCCUGUGCUGUGCUGAGUGUAUCGUGCCGUCGAGAGCCAGCCUGACCCAGCCAGUGAGAGCAGGAUUCGCUCUGGCGUUGUGAGUGGACUACCCAGAGUUUGCAGGGAGAGCCCUUAAAACUGAGAUAGUAGCUGUGGUUGUUUGUGUGCAGAGGACGCCUGCCUUGAGACGAGGGAGCUGCUGUCUCCUGGGUUGCAGAUCCUAAUACAGUGUGUAAACGAGGCUCCCUUCAAUUCCGAUGUUAGAAGUCAGUCCCGUUGUGGGAAUGUGGGUUCCCAGCUCAUAAUUACCAGAUGAGAGAAAGAUCGUGUUGUUCCAUUUGCUGGAAUCAGAGAGAGAAAAUAGUUAUUUGUUAACUCUAGAAGAAAUGAAAAAGGCUUAAGAACCCAGAUGUGGGUGUCCUAAGGGGCUUGCGGGGGGGGGGGGCAGCAUUUUCCUUCAUGUAUCGCCCAACAAAGAACAGAAUAUCAGAGCCUGGUGCAGCCAUGGGUGUUGAGACCCGCUGGUGUAUUGGCCAGCCCAGCUAGCUCAGGGUACGGUGGCCCUGACAAACAAUACAGCCCCUCCCUCCCGACAGACUGGACAGGAAAUUGAUUUUAAGGAAAGAAUGUUUUCAGGUUUCCUCUCCUCAGACACAUUCUGGCCGUCUUCAGGCUGCCUCUGACACAGUUCAGGGACUUGUCACAUCUUUUCUACUCAGAAUGUCCCAAGUGGGCUCAGUUAGUGUUUGAACAAAUGCACUUUUAAGAACUUAAAACUAGAAAUACUGGUUGGAGAUUGAGAUUUGAGUAAUAGUCAACAGGACCUUUUUUUUUUUUUUUUUUUUUUUUUUUUUGAGCACACAACUUUCUUUCCUGUGAAGGACAGCUAUCGGUUACAUUUCAGAGACAUUUGGAAUGACUUUUCUAAGCAAUUCUCUUCCACAUUCCAGAGCUUCCCAGACGUGUGUAAGGCAUGGGGUGGACGUUAGCAGUGUAAGAUUUUAUCCUUAAGUCCAGUAUUAAGGAUUCCAGUAUUUUAACAACCCAAGCUAACUCAGGAGAGUUGGGCAGGAAGAGGAGAAAACAAACUGGUCUUGAGACAUUUCAAACUGUGAGGGUUUUAUUUGUUUGCUUGCCUUUAGUUUUGCUUUUUUGCUUCUGUAUCUAACUCUCACUGCUGCAUUGACUCUACAAAGCUGACGUUACCUACUUUUCGGUGAAGAAAUUUCAAAUAAGGCUGGAGGCUAGAUGAAUUCUUGGCACCUGUUUUACUUCCUUCUCUCCCCCAGGCCCUUCUGCCCACAGCCCUGUGCAUGUCUCCUCUGGAUGCGCAGAGUCUGCAUCAGGCUGCAGGUGUCUGUGAGGCUGGGGCUCUGCUGCCUCUGUGACCUCACUUUGAACUGUAACAUUGUGACUUUUUCUUUUUAUUGUUAUUUUUGAAGCAUAUAAAUUCUGAAAUUAUCUGAACUAGAAACUUAAUCCUGUUCUUUCUCCCAGGGCCUGCUCCUUUUUCUGGCCCACAGCAUUCUUGUUAGGUUUUGGUCUUUCCGAAACAGACAUACCAGUUCUAAACAUGAUAUGGAAGUAGCUGAGUGUUCGGAGUCGCCAGACCUGCUUCAUGGUUCUUGUUUGGGGUCAAGUACUGGGUGCCUGUUUAUGUCUUGGGAUGUCUGAUGCUUGGCCACUCAUUAUGGUGAGAAACCAAGAGACACAUUACUGAACUACAAAUUCAGCAAACAUUUCCUAAGACUAGAAGACUAGCAAAAGUCAGGCAAUACUAAUGCUUGCUAUUGUAAAUUUUACCUGGUUUUCUUUUCUUUUGAGGAAAAACAAACCUGGAUUGCACUGGAAGCUUCUUUGUGUUCAUUUAUAAGAGCGAAAACAGAAGGACGGUCAUUUUGAGUCGUGUUUACACUUUGAUGAUUUGAAAUUGAAAAUGUAUAUAUUUGAAGUGUCUAUAGUCUGUCUCUGCCUGUACCUUAUGAUCUGUUAUAUUGCAUUUCUUAAAUACAGCAUUCUUACUGCAACUUUAUGAACACUUCAGCGCUUGGAUCAGCAUUUAUAUCAUAGUUAGAAAUCAAAUUUAUUCUCAUUACAUCAUUUAGUUUAGAUUUCGACCAUUUUGAUUUUUAAGUUAAAUUAUCACAAUCUUAGACCAAAAAGAGUUCCUUUAACAUUGCUACUAAAAACUAGUGAAACUGUAAAAGGCUCUUGAUUCCUCUGUUGCUCAGCAAAGGAUGGGCAUAUGUGUGUGACAGCAAAGAGAAGGCCCUCAGAUCUUGUGAGCAAUUAUUUUCCCGUCUAGUUUUAUUAUUGACUGUGGUGCAUGAUAAUAAUUGAUUUUCCGCUGUCUUGCACAAUUCCUUCUUUAAUACCGCAGUUUUCCGGGUUUAUUCAAUUAAUUUAACAGAGAAUUGUCGCUUUGUGGACAUUAAAGAUUUUGGAAGGUUUUUAAAUGAUCAACAAAUGAACAAAAAGGGAAUGUCUGCUGACCAUGAACUAUAUUCCAAUGAAGUACUCAACAGUCACCAGAAGAGUUUUGGGGUACAGGUGAUGUUUGGGCAUGGGAUACAUGGCGAGGCCCUGCCGUGGGUAGAAUAGGCACAUGCUCUGGGUCAGGAUUCCAGUAAAGAACACCGUAGCGUGUUGCUGCUCUAAGACCAACUCCUUUUCAGUGGUGCGCAUGCGUGUAAUCAUCUCCUUCCUCCCCCCCCAAAGUCAGGGGAGUUCUGUUAAGAGUGGGAGCCAUGCUUUAUCCAUUGUAGGGCUCCGCCUUCACCACCAGGACCGCAAAGCUCUUCUCGGGAUCUGUCGCCCUUGAGCUGGCGUUCACACGGACUUCCCACUUGCCACCUAGUGUAGACUUUCAAAACACCACAGCAGUUUGACUCCAGUAUGACAAGUAAUGCCAAGCCCAGCUUCCAACAGGCACCAAGCGGGCAUACCUACCUUGUGUUCCUUUGUUUUAGGAAAUGAAGUGGCAGAGAAGUGGGGACUCCUGCCGCUAUCCAUGCCAGAGGGUAUGUACCCGAGAAUCGUGAACACCUCAGGCCUAAGCUGCAAGAAUGCCCACAGCUCGGAGUUAGCUCGAGUCUCUAUGGGCUCUACUGAAGAUAAAAAAUUCUCGACUAGGAUCUUAGUCCAAUAGGAUUAACUUGUGCCUGAAAAGUAUAUAAGAAGUAGACAAAUGCAUUUAUACAGCUGUUCUAAGUCGUUUAUAAACUUGAAAGGUGAGAGAAAUUUGAGGAGGGCCAUCAACAUUUAGCAAGGAUGUUUAAGAUGAUUCUGGAAGACGGGAGGACAGAUGACUCGAAAAGAAACUUCUAUCCAUUGGAUGCACAUUUUCCCUCUUGUGUUUCAGAAUUAACACGGAGCUGGUGAUAAGGAAGAUCUCACUCUGGGGGCCAGGCAUGUCACAGGCUUCCACACUAAGACUACCUGAAUGAAAAGUAGUUAAGGAACGGCAGAACUGACUUUCGUGUGUUUUCUUACUUAUGAGUCAGGGUUACCUGUGUCCAGUUCUAAAGGUGAGCUUGUGCAGGUGAAGCCCAGGAAUAAAGCAUCCAUGCUUUCUUCCAAAGUCGUCCUCGUUGUGAUAGGACAGAGAAGGGGACAGACUCAAUAGAAAACAGCAUUGCAGGAAAUCUGUUUCAUUGAUUCGGCCCUGGACGUGGGACCAAGUGUACCAGCUGACUUUGUUUGCAUUUGUCUGGAAUAUUUAAAGUUCCAUGAACUUUAGUUUUAAGCCACAAUGUCAGGGGAGGGGAGCGGGGAUAACACCAGAGAAAACUCAUUUUCAUGACUUGAAAAAGUUAUGCUGAGCAGCUAGAGGAAAAGGGAAAAGCCUACACAGUUAACUGCCCCGCUAAGUGAUGCCAGUUCCAUCAUGGGAGGCCUAGGGUCUUCUCACCUGUUUGUGCAAGGCUGUCUGUGUGGGAUUGUCGGCGAAUGUUACUGAAGACUCAAACUUGUGAGCACCUGGACCUGUUUCUGUAUCCUCAGAGUAGGGAGCAAGAGAGACUCCAUGCUUCCUAGCCCUGACCCCAUCAACCCCAGACCAUUAGGGAUCCGGCAUCGUGCAAGACAUAAGGAAUAAGAGAGCAAGCCACAAAUUCUCAGCUGUGUGCAUGGCACUUGUGUAGGUGUCAGAACUGUGUGUGACUAUGUCCCCACUCUUACACACACAUAUAUACCAUAAGCACGUGGCAUAGAAAUAUACUAUCCAUGGACUACAGUGGUGAUAGUUAGGACCCUGGGCUGCAGUCAUAGCCUUAUCUCCACUUUUUGUGUUGUGUAAACAUUGAAUGGCUCGUAGCUUUUAAGAAGUUUUUUAUUUUAAUGUAAGUAUCCUACUAAAUGCACUUACGCUUCUAAAUGUUUAUAUAUUUUGGUAAAACUGAUUUAUUAGAUCUUUGGUAUCAUAUUUUAGUAAGAUGAAUUUUCCUCAAAGGUUUGGCUAAUGCUUUGAUGUCCGGAUUGCACUUUUUUUAGAGUUAGGAAUCAGAAGAUAUGCAGCUCUGGGCAUCUCCCACUGCAGACCGCAGCUUCCUUGCUAGAAAUUGCACUCUGUGUUCCUGUGUGUCAGCUCUCUCUCCUUUAUGGUGAGGUCUGCAGUAGCCUUGAUGCUUCUGUCACUAACUACUGGCUCUCUGGUGACAAGUACUUCUGUCAUGUGACCACUAUUUACUUCCUAUGCCAUCAGCCUGCAAUGGCAUUUUGGUUGCCAUCAAAAAUAGCACAAUGGGUUAUGAGUAUAUGUCUUUGGAAGGCGUGUACAUCCAUUACCUUCAGCUGUUUGAUGCACACAUAAAUUUCUUGCUAAGGAUUUAAGUAUUCAUUCAUGAAAUAAUAAUUAGCCAAAAAUACCUUAAAUUACCUUUACAAAAAAAUCAGCUAGAUAACACCGCCCAAGUGAUUGUCAUGCUAAAUAACACCUCCCAGCAACAUUAGGUUCAAACAGCGAUUAAUAAAAUCUCUAAGUGUGUGUACUAUACCCUCCCCAGUAUUAUUUAAUGUCAUAACUACUGCUUCUGCAUUUUUUCAAUGAUGUUUUGAUGAAGCCACUUGUACAUCUACUACAUAUCACGGACAAGACUAGGCAGCUGGAAACCAGGAGCAUAAAAUUGGUGUCACGUAAGAUGCUAUUUGUUUUGAUCUUUCGCUAUAUAUUGCUAAAGGGAAAGAAGUGGUUUGCAAACCAUUUGAGUCUGGUGAGUAUGGGUAGCAUAUUACCUGAAAUGUUAAUUUGUAUGUUCUGCGGUCUGAUUGUUUGCAUGGAAGAGACAAUAGUGCCACAUCUGAGCUAUUCUCUGGUGCUUGGUUAGUGUCUGCUGUUUCAAAUGCCAUUCCUUACUCUUUGUUUUCAGAGGCAUUCAAAGCAAACUCUAUAUAAGUGGCUCAUUGUUUUCUGACCAUCUGAAAAAUACCUGUGAUUAAAUUUAAUUUGUUGGUGUAAAUAUAUUUCUUGCCAAUGAGUAUUACUGUUAUUAGAUAAUGAAUGCAAUAAAAGGAAAUACAGUCAUCUGCCAGAGUAUAUAUUUCUUUGUUUUAUUUUUCCUCUUCCAUUUUCACCUUCAACUGAAACAAGCCCUGACUGGGCAAUCCUGCAUCAACCAUCAAAACAUAUCUAUCCAUCAAGAGCAAAGUGCACAUUUUUCAUGGAAAUGAAUCUAAAAAUAAGUUUUAACUCUGGCAAAGUGUAAAUUGGCAGCUAGAAUUACACUUGAAAGCACAAUUAUGGAGCUGGGCAUAAAGUUAAAGAGCAGGGCCUCCAGCUGGAGCGCCUUGUCCACCUCUCCUGUCCUUUGUCACUGCUUCGCCAUCAAGUUUCCAGUGCUCCUCGGCCAGAGAAAGGCGGGCGGCACAUCCAUUGGGCAGUCAGUCUCACAUAACAGGGGCACCAGGUUGUUUUAGCCUUUUCAUUCUAAGCUCUCCAAGUCCAAGGAAGCUUGAAUAAAACAAAUGAAGGCUAUUUGUUGCGUUCUGUCUUGACCUCACAGAAUAAGUGAAGUGAACCUGUUUUCCCCUUUAUGGAAUGUGUGCUAACGAUCCCUCACCAGAGUUUGCCCUCUCCGGACAGCCUUAGAUGCACCCACUCCUCACUAGAGUCUGCCCUCUCCAGACAGCCUUAGAUGCACCCACCCCUCACCAGAGUCUGCCCUCUCCAGACAGCCUUAGAUGCACCCACCCCUCACCAGAGUCUGCCCUCUCUGGACAGCCUUAGAUGCACCCACCCCUCACCAGAGUCUGCCCUCUCUGGACAGCCUUAGAUGCAUGCCAGUUCAUUUUGUUUGCCUUCUCUUUUUCUGAAGAAUCAGCUUGAGUCACCAAUAAACAGAAAGAGGGUAUGGUCAUUUCACUGAUGGUAUGGUGAUGGCUAGCUAGUCAAGACAUUAAAAAAAAAAUCACAUGAGGUUUGCUUUCUUAAGCACCACGUUCAUGGAUGGUCAUAACCAGUGUUCCAGAGAGUCAGACCUCCUGGGCUGGGAAACUGCCGUCGCUGACUAACUGAACACUAGGAUACCUGGUUUUCUGCACUAAACUGACUAAAAUCACUUAAAUCCCAUUGUGAUAAAGUGGUUCUUUUAUGAAAAUAAGUUUUAUAUGUUUUUAUUUUGGUUUUCGUGAGAUGAGAUUUUACUUCAUGAUCCCACUGCCACAGUAUUCUAAGUCUAAAAUUAUAGAUAUAUCAUGAUGCAUAAACUGUUUUGUUUUACACUUCCAAUGUGUUGUCAUAAAUGACAAUUUUACAGUUUCUCAUCAACCCCCCACAAACACCUCAAAAAAAAAAAAAAACAGAUAAACGCCAUGGCUGUUGUCUAUAAAGCGGCUGCUUUAAUGUUCCCGAGAAGUCAUUCAGCCGGAGGGUCUGUCUUUAAACAGGCAAACAGUGAUGUGUCACUAUCUCUUGUUCCAGAGCCAAGAUAAGAAAAGUGAAAUUUUCCUCUCAGAAAAUUGCCAAAGGUUGUUGAUCUUUCUGUUUUCAGUCUCCACAGCAAGUUAGAGUAGGUAAAGCCGAACAAAACAAAACCCAUCCCUGGCACCAUUUGAACAGCAUGGACCUGAGGGCACUCAGCACCACGUGGAAUGGGUUAUAGACUACUGAAUCUAGUCGUGACAAAAGAAGCAAAGCCUCCAUUCUCUGGGACUUUAUAAGCAGAAUGUAUAGUGUGUCCAGAGAGCCGAAAUCAUGUUUGAGUGUGAGAACCUUCCCAAAGAUCUUAGGAGUCUCCUAUUUGACAUAACUAUGGGAAAAUUGAAAAGCCCAAUGCAAAGGCAGAGGAGCUAACUGCAGUUUCUAUUUCUGGAGGAAGUUAUAGAGAAAAGGAGAAACCAGCAGUCUGGCAGCAUUGGCUUCAUGAGGUGUUGAGAGUUGUCUUCAUGGUGACACUUUGGUGACCCUAGAGUCCCUAAGUGACCUAAGAGUGCCCAGAGUUGGCCGUACUCUCUUGUUUUCUCAACAACAGUGAGGCAGAAGUCCACUCAUCUGCUUUAAGGGAUCUUGAAUAUUACCAGGAAAAUGUGUUUUGAGUUACAUACAAGAUGUUGCUGAUUUUCCCGAUGCCUUGACAGAUAGCCUAGUAUAACUAAGAGCAGAUAAAACUUAUUUUGGCUCAUUUUGGAGGGCCCAGUCCACAUCUGACUCCACUCUUUCUUGGCCUACAAUAAGACGGCAACUCAGACCAGGAACCUGGUGAGAGCCCACCUUAAAGCUGACAGGAAGCCGAGAGGAGCAGAGAAUCAGCCACAUAUAAUCUGUGAGCACAUUCCUCCCUGAUACAUAUUUCCGUCAGUGGAGUUCCACCUCCUAAAGUUCCCAACCCCUCCAAAAAUACCACCCCCCAGCUAAGGACCAAAGAUACAGCAUACAAACCUGUCGGAACAUUUCGAACAUAGCACAAAUUAUGUAGACUUGACAAAUUUAGUCAUUUUGGUGGAAGAGUUUCUGUUAGUAACUGAGAUCUUCCAAGUAGUCCAAGACAAACUAAAGAAAUCCUUGCUUUUCACAUCUGUCGCCAGUAAACACUCUCACGCCUUCUUAUGUCUAAGUUUAAUGUCAACAUUCAGUAGGCAGCAGAGAUCACUGUGAUAGGCACCUUUGACAUGGGAAAGGAUGGAAAUGGUGGGCUUAUUUUCCAUGGCAUGGGCUUAUAUUUUCCAUGGCAUGG